AUGCAAACAAUACGCGAAGACUCAAAUACAAACUAUGACAAAAUCUUUCUAGGAUAUAGGUUACCUGAGAUGGGCGACCAGAGCCCAAAGGCAAAAAGGACAUGGGAAAUUUACAACAUACUAGGUGAACAUGAGGCAAAGAUGCAACAAAACUCAGUCAGGAAGAAAGUAAAGCUUGGUACGAGUGGGUUCUAUUAUGAUAUAUAA